AUGUUAAAUUGUCAAGUGGUUGUGCUUGGCACACUCUUCGUUAUGUGCACUUCCUUUUUAUGUGAAAUUAGGUCAGACAACAAUUACUUGGAUCUCUCAGAUAGUUCGGUUUACUUGAAUACAGACUAUAAAUGUCCACAAGAACUUGUGGACUAUUCUAUUGUACUCACCUCGACAAAGAAACAACGAGUGAUUUUGGAGAACCCACCACCAAUGGCUAACUUGAAGUUAAUGAGCGAUUCAGACGUUGAAAUUAAAGGAAAAUUCACUGCAUUUGACAUUAAUAUCACCCAACCGAUUGCGUUGUAUCUCGAAACAUAUAUUGGGAGCAUUCACUGCGAAUUGUGUGCAGUGUAUAUUGAUACGGGAUCACUUUUUGCACCAAAGUUCAAAAGUAUCUCUGUCAAAAUGUAUCUGUCGAUAUUAUCUCCUUCACAAUUUGUUACUCAGAAUAUCACUAACACUAACACGUUGUCUAUUGUGUCACCAUUUCCUCCACAAAUCAAUUCUUAUAGCGGAAACCCCUAUUUCACACUCUUAUCACCAUCUUCAGUAUCAACUAUUCAAAACGGAGAGAUCCCCGAACAUGACACCGUUUCGUUGUUACAACACACACAAGACGUAACUUUAAAGGCGAUGGUAAACAAUCUAUUUGUCUCGUUAGCAAGAGCAACUGUUAAAGCACCAUUACAGUUCAACUCCAUCACUUUAGUGAAUGGCUUUUUGACGAUAACAGAGGAUAUCAGUGCAACAAUGUUCAUUUCAAAUUCAUCAAGCGUUGUCUUUAAAAAAGGUACAAUCAAAGCGUUUUACUGCUCUCUGAUCUCUUCCAAAGUUGAGAUACAUUCCGUUGAAGAGACAUAUUUCACAACACAUAUGGCUUUUAUCGACUCGGUGAAUGUGUCUAAAUAUUGUGAAACGAGUGCAGACCAAUUCGUGUUUUUAGAGUCCGACACCAAAAUCAAUUUUGCCAAUUCUCCACAUUUGCAACACUUUGAAAAUCGGAACAUUGUUGUUUUUCCAUCGUCACAGAAAGUCAUUCCAAUGUCAAUUUUAAAGAAGUGUCAUGUCAUUUCUAAACAUAAAAAAGACAUCUACUUGAGUGGAGACAAUGUCAAAUUUCGAGAGAGCGGGUGCCCUUGUGAAAAUUGUCGAUAUAUCAUUAACGAACCAGACGAAGUUGUUGUGCACUUUGACACGCCAUUGUUUGGAGGAAUUGAUUGUGAGACUAAGUGUGUAAUACGACCCAAACAAUCGCCAACAAUUCGGUAUUUAAAGGGUUUUGAUGUUACUGUAGAUACAAGUGCGAUCAUUGCGCUUGUUGUUCCCGAAAAUGGGGGGUGCAUUACUUUGAAGAAUCAAAGUAUAAUUAUGGCCAUUCUUAAUACCAAAAAAGUGACAAAAAUAAUAGCAAACGACUUUAUUCAUUUUGGAGGAACACUCUUGUCAAGUGUCUAUUUAGAAGUUCACAAAUCAAUGACUUUUGUACAACGUGCCGAGUUAAUUGUCGAUAAAAGUGCUUCAAUUUUCAUCGAAAGGGAUUCGUAUCUGGCGAUACAGUCUAAAGUGACAGUAUUGGGUAAUAUACAUUUCAACGAGAACACAAUAGCCCCUGUUAGAGUGUUAAAGGGGGCUGAAAUAGUGUUUGGAAAGGAUAGUAACUUUGCGCUGCAUACAAAUGUCAAUACAUGGAGAGGCGAUACACAAUAUCUCAUCCUUAACGAAGAACAUGGAUUCGGCCCAGACACCCAAUUGCCGCAGCUUAUUCUAGUUGAUGUUACAACCAAUCAAAUAUCGCAAUUAGGUCGGCUCUUUACUGAAUGUUUUGGUCGGUGGGUUGUAUAUAAAAUUUCAAGCAGUUCUAUAGUUCAUUGUCAUCCAGUUGUCGUGACAUACGAAGAAACAGAAGAACAAAGCAACACCAAAAAAUGCAUUGUUUUUGUUAUCUUACUUCUUGUAGUAUUGUGUAUGGCCUUCUAUUACUUUAAGAUGAAACAAAACACCCAAACAAUCAUGCGGUAUCGCGAAAUGGAUGAUAUUGACGAUAUUCAAAAAGGAGCUGAAGUGGUUGUUAUAACAAGUGAUGAAUAA